AUGAAGAUUGAGUACGCUUACAACGUAGAAAAUUUAAUCACACGAUCGAAGGAUUAUAUUUAUAUCAAUUAUCGGAUAAUGAACAACCAGGAUGUGCUUCCAUAUUUCAUCUUCCUGACUACUACUGUUGGUGUCAAAGUUAAAAAAAUUACAACGAGAAAACUGUGGAUGUUGGAAGACAAAUUUAAGCGUAGUCUUCAUGACCUCAUUCAUUCUCAACUGAUUGGAAAUAACGGUACACACAUUCAAACAGUGAUUGGACUGGAGGAAGCAUGUGAUGGAUGUGAGAAGUGUUCGAAUAUUGCCAAGAAGUGUCUAGAAUAUGGUCCAUUGAGAUUCAGUACAUUACAAACUAUGACUUAUUCAAAGAACUACAAAAAACUGCAUGUGACUGAUAAACUGUUCGAAGUGAUUGCUGAGUACUGUAUCUCUAAGUCAAAGAACAAGGAAGAAUGUUUCGAAGAGCUGGAUAAAACUAUUCUCGCGACCAUCUCAUGUGAUAAACUUGCUAUAUGGAUCAAUGAGACCAGAAUACUCCCAAAUGAAGGGACAGAUCCGACGCGUGACCACAUGCAUAUGCCUCGUGAAGUUAUCGAUAUCAUUCUGAGAAAAUGGAAAGUGAAAUCCCUCAAACUCAAUAUGUUGCACAUCACGAAUGAAAGAUUGUGUAGUGUUGAAUGGCACCGGUAUGACUAUUUCACUCGGGUCAGAUUGAAUGAUCCAUAUUUGAAGACUAAGCAAUCAGAUUUGAAAUUCAUCCAUGUCGAAGUGAGUUUGUCCUAUUCGUGUUAUUGUGUGAGAGAUCUAGGAAACCGUCAAUUAAUCGUGAACCAACCCAGAGGAUUCGACAAUUUUAUUCCAAAUAUCAGAAGGCUGUUCCCGACAGAUCAAAUAUCGAUGAAUCUGUCACACUGGUUUGCAGUACCCGAAAUCAAUAUUGCGAAGAGGAUGUCAACUAUAUUAGAAGUGGUCACCAUGGAAAAGCCGCAGAAUUUGAGUUUAGACAUCAUGUUUUUCGUGAAUAUUGGAAUCGUCAAAAAGCUCAAUGAGGAGACGGAUAGGGUAGAAUUGUUGUCAAUCGCUUCGGGAUAUGUUCUACAAAAAAAGAGACUACACUGUUUCAAGAAAUCUUCACCGUUCAAUGGAGAUCAUGGCCCCGAAGUAUUCCUUGACAAUAAAUGGAUUGGUAGGAGAUUCCAGGUAGAGAAUGCUGAGAAUCAAUUCAAUUUCAAUUUGGAUGUUUAUAUCAAAGAGAAGGAGUUGGAAGAGGGAUUCGAUAAGGCACUUCUGCAGAUAUAUCCGAAUUCUUUUGUUGAAACAUUUUUCAUAAAAACCGUUUGA